CCCGAAGUGCUGCAGGAGCAAUGGAGAGGCCGCCCAAGGGGCCGGGGGCAGGACUGCUGCCCCUGGUCUGGGCAGAGGAAAGCGUCGGCUCGGCCGCCGCAGCGCCGCAGCCCUCGUUUCUGGGGCAGCCCGAGCCGCCGCGUUCGGGUUGGGAAAGGCUCCGGGCAGUCUUCCGCCGCGAUGAACAAAAACAAUACCCAGAGGAAAUUCUCAACAUAUUCAAAGCAACAUUUUCAGGGAGCAUUAUUGGUCUGUUUUAUGGAGGUAUACCUGGUUUUCUGUAUGCCAAAAGACGAUACAUUGAGCAGAGUGAAGGAACGAUUUACUAUAAUCAUCUGGAUGCUGUGCGAUCUGUACAUCAGGCAGCAAUGCGGGGCUUCAUCCGGUAUGGGUUUCGAUGGAGCUGGAGAGUGGCUGCCUUUGUGGCAAUAUUCAACACAGUGAGCACUGUUCUGUCUGUGUACCGUGAUAAAAUUGUCAUCAGUCAUUUUGCCAUUGCAGGAGCAUGUACAGGAGGCUUGUUCAGAAUGCACUUGGGCUUGAGAGGUUUGACCGGAGGCAGCAUUUUUGGAGCAUUGUUGGGCAUCCCUGCAGGAGGACUCCUAAUGGCAAUGCAAAGUCUUUCUGGUGAAACAUUGGUUGAGAGAAGAAAACGAGAACAGAGAGAGAGAUAUGAACAGAAUUUGGCAGAAUGGGAUGCCAAACUCAGAAUCACUGAGAAUAUUUCAGAAGAAGCAGGAAAAAAUUCCCCAGACUUCAUUCCCCAGACCAGAUCAUGAGUGGACUGCCAUCACCUUAGUGCUGUGAAUUGAACUCCGUAUCUCACAAUCUUGUGCUGAAGUUCUCCGUAACCCUGCUGCUAAGGGCACAAUAAACUCUUCUGAGAAGCGCUCCUAAAUUUGGCAUGAUAAACUUGCAGAAUGGGAAAUUAAACUUCAAAGGAUGACUUUUGUUGAAAAGGGGAACAGGAAUAAAUAAGUGUCUUGAAGAGCGAAAUUACUUCCAAAAACAAUAAAGGACUGCAAAAGUAA